CUUACCCAUCUCUAGUGCAAAGUUGUUGUUAUAGUAAUAAUAUUAUUGUUUGUUUGUUUACAAACACAAUGUCUUACUUUGACCAUCGCCUUAUUGAAUUUGUGCGUGCCAAUCCUAUUUUACACAAACGCGACCUGCGCAACACUCCCUACGAGUCCCGCAAAAAGAAAAGAGAAUUGUGGUGCAGCAUUGCAACUUCCCUGGAAACGGACGUGCAAACGUGCAUAACACGCUGGAGAUAUAUGCAAGACAAGCUGAGACGGGAGUUGCUGAAAGAGCACUCGGAUUGGAGUUUGCUGGACAAAUUGCGUUUCAUUGGACAGCACAAGAUCAAUGAGAGACAUCAACUGCAGCAGGCUGUGACAACGUCGGCCCACAUAAAUGUAAGUUGGCGCGCCCUCAGUGCCGGGCAGCUCAUUGAGCACACCGCCGAUGAUGAGGACGAUGCGCUGCAGGAGGCAAUGGACGAGCAGCAUGUGGUACCCCAACCCCAACCCCAAUCCCAGCCACCACCAUCAUCAUCAAUAGUAGUGGCUGGCAGCAGUAACAGCGGUAAUAGCAACGAGGACCUCAUGAAACGCAUCGAGGCUUUGUUGCAGGGCUUGGGUACAAAUCGCUCCAAGGCAGAGAAGAAAAUCGUGGCCUAUUUGUGUAAAUGCACGCUGCGCUCUCUCAAUGAUGAGCAAAUCGAUGAUAUAUUUAUUUAAUCAACUUCCCUCCCAAGCCCUCCCCGACUCGACCACGAACUGAUUAGUUUUAAUUUGUAAUUUAGUUGCUUAAAGAUUUUCUUUUCAUAUUUUUUGGGGUUGUGGGUUGGGCGCAAACAAAAAUCGAAGUCAAGUCAAGUUUUGUGAGCCACACCAAAAACAACUCUUACUAUGACGCAGUUAGUUUGGUGAAGCGUAGCCGUGUUGCCUCCUAGUUGGUCAAAGAGUGCGCGCGCAAGCAAUAACAUCAUGUCCAAUAUUCAAUGUCUGCUUGUCUGGCUGAGGGACAAUGGAUGGGUAGGAGAGCAGGGGGGACAGCAGGUGGGGGUAGACGACGCCAAACAAGCAUUUAGUUUAUUAAUUUUGAUGAGUCUUUGGCAGCAAUAAUAUUAUGAGUAAUUCACCCUGCCCCUGCGAUCAAGCAACCUCCCCACCCCUCGUAAAUUGUAUAUCAACAACUAAUAUAAACGACUCCUCCUACUCACUUACACUACCACUCCACAGAGGGCGCCCUCCGCCACCUUUCUAAAGUUGUAGCUGCUGCUGC